CAGAGUGUUCAAGAGCGUGCGCGUCUUUCAUCUUCACUCCCCAAAAAAUAUUCCUCCCCUGCGCCUCCUUCAUAAUAAACCAUUUAAACCAGUAUCAUAUUUAUAUAUGAGCAUCUAUAACCCGAGGAGUCACGUUUUUAAUUGGAGAUCUGGAAGGCGAUAAAAGAAGAAAAAAAUAAAUAAAUAACGUGUUGGUUUUAAAAAAAAAAAAAAAAUUUGGUGAGGGGGGAGAUUUCUAAUCGAAUACGGCUCUACAAAAAAGAAGUCCCGCCCGCUGUGUGUACCUGAUAUUUGACCACGCCCCCACCCCCCUCCUUAGAGGACUGACAAAGCAAAAGAAAACAGAGAGAAAUAAACGGAGAGAAACGCAAAGGAGGGAAGAAAGAGAAAGAAAGAAAAAGAAAAGAAAAAACGGCCGAAAAAAAGUGUAUUUGAAAAAAAAAAAUACAUUAAAGUCGAUUUAAAAAAAAAUAAAAUAAACGGAGGGGAAAGAAAGAAAGAAAGAAAGAAAGAAAGAAAGAAAGAAAGAAAGAAAGAAAGAAAGAAAGAAAGAAAGAAAGAAAGUGUAUUUGAAUACCACAUACCACAAAUACACACAGAUAUUCCAAUUUGUAGCAACAAAACGGUAUUAUUAUUAUUAUUAUUAUUAUUAUUAUUAUUAUUAUUAUUAUUAUUAAACACAUAAGGUAUAAACAAGCGCCAGACAUCUAAAAAAACAUUUCUAUCUAUCUAUCUAUCUAUCUAUCUAUCUAUCUAUCUAUCUAUCUAUCUAUCUAUCUAUCUAUCUAUCUAUCUAUCUAUCUAUCUAUCUAUCUAACGAAACAAACCGACAGAAUGCAUUGAAUUGAAUGUAUAACGAGGCUCCACGGAAAGCCUGCCUUUCAAAAAAAAACACUUCUGACAAAUUAAACUUGCGCGCACACACACACACACAGAACAAAAAUAAAUAAACAAAAACUCGUGCUCUUGCUCGAAUUCAAGCAAAAAAUAAAAUAAACACGCUCGCAAAAUUCACUCUCCAAAAAACUGCAGCUGACAAACGCCGCGGCUAUGAACGCGGAAAGCAACCCGAUUCUCGCUGAGCCCACGGCGCCCCCUAGCGCCGCCGCGGAGGAGGAGCCGCGCUGCCCCGCUCCCACAGCACAGCCCCAAACCGAACCUGAACCCCAAACCGAACCGGAACCGACCUUUCCCCAGGAGCCGGACCGAGCCACCGCGGUAAUCGUGGAUGAGAAGCGGCAGGAACACAGCAACGGCCACGCCCCGGCUGCGGCGGUCCGUCCCGCGGUGAGCACCGGGGAUCUCCACGCCACGCCGGACUUCAAGCGCCGGCAGGUCCACGAACCGCAUCACGGCCGCCGCUCCCGGGCCAGCAGCCGGUCCGAUUCGCUUUGCCACCUCCCGCACGUCGGCACCAGCUCGCCGCGGCCCAGCCUGUGUCGCCAGCACUCCAGCGCUACCAUCAGCGGGGUGGAGGCUGCGGGGAAGCCCCGAGAUUAUCUCAUCGCCUCCAUCCUGUCCUGCUUCUGCCCGGUGUGGCCGGUCAACAUCGUGGCGUUUGUCUACUCCGUCAUGUCUCGUAAUAGUUUUCAGCAGGGUGAUGUUGACGGGGCUCGGAGGCUGGGCAGUGUUGCGAAGCUCCUCAGCAUCGUGUCUCUAGUGGGCGGGAUUGUGAUCAUCGUGACCUCCUGCAUCGUCCACUGGGGUUUUUUGUCCUGAAUCGCGGAGCCACAUUGACCUCAAAAUACAGCCCCCCCCCCCCCUCCACCCCCCCCCCCCCCAAGAGAUCAGCCAAUGACAUCAUCAACUCUGCAUGAACACACUUCACAACGCGUCACGAGGAGGGAGGGAGAGAGGAGGGAGGAAACAACUGGAAUGCAUGACUGAUUGGAAGAGAAUGGAGGGAUGAAGAAAACGUCAGAAAAGGAAUAAACGAGAGGAGGAGGUGAAAAACAAGCUUAAAAAAACAACUAAACAAAGAAAAUACAGCUUUGAAAGAAAGAAAGAAAGAAAGAAAGAAAGAACGAAAGAAAGAAAGAGUCUCCCAAUUUCCAUUUCCACAGGUUCAAUUUUUGCGACUGGAUUUCUCCCAUAAACACACAUUGAAUUUACACUGAAGACGCUGAGAGAGACUUCUAGUGGAAACGUUUGCCAUUGAAUUUACACUGAAGAUGCUGAGAGAGACUUCUAGUGGAAACGUUUGCCAUUGAAUUUACACUGAAGACACUGAGAGAGACUUCUAGUGGAAACAUUUGCCAUUGAAUUUACACUGAAGACGCUGAGAAAGACUUCUAGUGGAAACGUUUGCCAUUGAAUUUACACUGAAGACACUGAGAGAGACUUCUAGUGGAAACGUUUGCCAUUGAAUUUACACUGAAGACACUGAGAGAGACUUCUAGUGGAAACGUUUGCCAUUGAAUUUACACUGAAGACGCUGAGAAAGACUUCUUGAAUAUUCUAUGUGUGGUAAAGCAUAGGGAAGCAUUGUAAAGCACAGAGAGGUCUGGUAAAGCAUAGGGAAGCAUUGUAAAGCACAGAGAGGUCUGGUAAAGCAUAGGGAAGCAUUGUAAAGCACAGAGAGGUCUGGUAAAGCACAGGGAAGCAUUGUAAAGCACAGAGAGGUCUGGUAAAGCAUAGGGAAGCAUUGUAAAGCACAGAGAGGUCUGGUAAAGCAUAGGGAAGCAUUGUAAAGCACAGAGAGGUAUGGUAAAGCAUAGGGAAGCAUUGUAAAGCACAGAGAGGUCUGGUAAAGCAUAGGGAAGCAUUGUAAAGCACAGAGAGGUGUGGUAAAGCAUAGGGAAGCAUUGUAAAGCACAGAGAGGUGUGGUAAAGCAUAGGGAAGCAUUGUAAAGCACAGAGAGGUCUGGUAAAGCAUAGGGAAGCAUUGUAAAGCACAGAGAGGUCUGGUAAAGCAUAGGGAAGCAUUGUAAAGCACAGAGGUCUGGUAAAGCAUAGGGAAGCAUUGUAAAGCACAGAGAGGUCUGGUAAAGCAUAGGGAAGCAUUGUAAAGCACAGAGAGGUCUGGUAAAGCAUAGGGAAGCAUUGUAAAGCACAGAGAGGUCUGGUAAAGCAUAGGGAAGCAUUGUAAAACACAGAGAGGUCUGGUAAAGCAUAGGGAAGCAUUGUAAAGCACAGAGAGGUGUGGUAAAGCAUAGGGAAGCAUUGUAAAGCACAGAGAGGUCUGGUAAAGCAUAGGGAAGCAUUGUAAAGCACAGAGAGGUCUGGUAAAGCAUAGGGAAGCAUUGUAAAGCACAGAGAGGUCUGGUAAAGCAUAGGGAAGCAUUGUAAAGCACAGAGAGGUCUGGUAAAGCAUAGGGAAGCAUUGUAAAGCACAGAGAGGUCUGGUAAAGCAUAGGGAAGCAUUGUAAAGCACAGAGAGGUCUGGUAAAGCAUAGGGAAGCAUUGUAAAGCACAGAGAGGUCUGGUAAAGCAUAGGGAAGCAUUGUAAAACACAGAGAGGUCUGGUAAAGCAUAGGGAAGCAUUGUAAAGCACAGAGAGGUGUGGUAAAGCAUAGGGAAGCAUUGUAAAGCACAGAGAGGUCUGGUAAAGCAUAGGGAAGCAUUGUAAAGCACAGAGAGGUGUGGUAAAGCAUAGGGAAGUAUUGUAAAGCACAGAGAGGUCUGGUAAAGCAUAGGGAGGCAUUGUAAAGCACAGAGAGGUCUGGUAAAGCAUAGGGAAGCAUUGUAAAGCACAGAGGUCUGGUAAAGCAUAGGGAAGCAUUGUAAAGCACAGAGAGGUCUGGUAAAGCAUAGGGAAGCAUUGUAAAGCACAGAGAGGUCUGGUAAAGCAUAGGGAAGCAUUGUAAAACACAGAGAGGUCUGGUAAAGCAUAGGGAAGCAUUGUAAAGCACAGAGAGGUCUGGUAAAGCAUAGGGAAGCAUUGUAAAGCACAGAGAGGUCUGGUAAAGCAUAGGGAAGCAUUGUAAAGCACAGAGAGGUCUGGUAAAGCAUAGGGAAGC